GAAACAAGAAUGAGAGGGGGAAGUAAAAUGCAGGAAUGUAAAAUCAAUGUGUUAGGUCUGGCAUACCAAGGAUUCUUAAACCUGCAUUAAUCCAACAUGGGUCCCAAAGAGGUGCAGCGCUUAAUAUCAUUUAUCAAUAUCUUUCCAUGUGGUGGCUGCACUACAGCAAUUAGUAUGAGUUCAAAGGCAGCCUGUGGGUAGGUCAGGAAUCACUCCUCUGCUGGCCAGAUAAUGUCGACACAUGAUGAGAAACAACAAAUUGAAUAGAACCAUUUUACAUCAAAGAAAAAAAAAAUAAGAACGUUUCUAAGGAAAAGUGACUUUGCAUGGGACUCAACACUUUGCACUCGUCUUCUUCUGUGUAUCACUGUCGACAUCUGGUGGCCAUAAAAGUUACUACAUUUCAAAAGAAGGCAUCGACUCAAAAAGCCAUCGCAACUAGUUUUGGCCUAGCUGUAAUUUUGAAGUGUUUUGAAGACGUUGAACGCAAAUUUUAUGGAUUGUCAAACAUUUGGUUCACACCCUACAUUAUAUGUAGUCUAUAACAGGUGUGAAAUAAAUCUUGUCAGAGAUUGCUAACGUCUUCAAAUACCGCGAGUUCUGAUUUCACGAGGAGCACCUGAAGGCAACUCUUGCCAGAAGUGUAAUUUCGUGGCGCGCAUGCGCAGUGAUCAACUAGGAAGCAGAGCAGACUAUCUUGACGGAUUAUGUGGACAAAUCGGUGAAGGAAGCCGCUUCCGAAUCAUUUUUUGAGAGUUUAGAUAUUCGCGGAAAUAAGGGAGUCUUUUAAAAAUGGACGGCUGACAGCUUGAAGCAACAGUCGGUGUAAUUUAAUCAACAUUGAAUUGUAUGUAUUAAAAACUGAGCCAUAAUGAUGUCAGAAUGCGACCCGACGGAGGCAGAGAGGAGCGAGCCCGGGCUGGACACCGGAGCAACAGCGGUGGCAGCUUCAGAGUGCGACUUUCACUCCGCAGACCCUCCGAAGGUGUUGUUUGACAGGAACGGGAUAGGUCUGGGGCUGGUGACGAACCUCGGAGGUGCUGUUCGUAUUUCGGACUCGUGUGAAAGCGUCCUAACCGAACUGGAGACGGACGGGUCUGGCGAAGAGGCGCUGUUGUUACCGUGCUCCGCAGGAAGCUCGUCGUCUCCGCGGGGUGUGGGAGAGAAGCGCAACAGACACAGCUCAUCGUCGGAUAAAGACACCCUGGCCUCCCCAGGUACCGGCAGCGGAGACUUUAACCAUUUCCCUGACGAUCCCGAGUUUGCAGAUAUUAUCCAAAGGGCGGAACAAGCUAUCGAGAACGGCGCCUUCCCAGAAAGGAUCUCCCAGGGUUCCAGCGGGAGCUACUUUGUCAAAGACCCAAAAGGGAAAGUCAUCGGUGUUUUCAAACCAAAGUCAGAGGAACCUUACGGUCACCUGAACCCCAAAUGGACCAAAUAUUUUCACAAGCUGUGCUGUCCGUGUUGUUUCGGCCGAGGCUGCUUGCUGCCCAACCAGGGUUACCUCUCGGAGGCUGCUGCCUCACUGGUGGAUACCAAACUCGGCCUGGGAGUGGUGCCGAAAACAAAGGUGGUGCAUCUGGCCAGUGAGACGUUCCACUACAGCGCCAUCGACAGAGCCAAGUCCAGGGGAAAGAAGUACGCCUUAGAGAAAGUCCCCAAGGUGGGGCUACGCUUCCACAGAGUGGGCCUGCCGCCCAAGGUGGGCUCCUUCCAGCUCUUUGUGGAGGGCUACCGUGAAGCGGACUACUGGCUGCGGCGCUUUGAGGCGGAACCUUUGCCGGAGAACAUCAGGAAGCAGCUGCAGUCCCAGUUUGAGCGGCUGGUGGUGUUGGACUACGUUAUCAGAAACACGGAUCGAGGGAAUGACAACUGGUUGGUCAAGUAUGAGAAGCCAGGAGGAGGAGGAGAAGAAGGAGGAGAAGGAGGAGAAGGAGGAGGAGGAGGAGGAGGAGGAGGAGGAGGAGGAGGAGGAGGAGGAAAGGAUGCAGAGUGGCCAGAGAACAGCUCCGACUCCUGCAUGAAGAUAGCAGCGAUCGACAACGGCCUGGCCUUCCCCUUCAAACACCCGGACGAAUGGAGAGCCUACCCGUUCCACUGGGCAUGGCUCCCCCAGGCUAAGGUGACCUUCUCCCAGGAGACCAGAGACCUGGUGCUGUCCCGCCUGUCGGAUAUGAACUUUGUCCAGGACCUCUGUGAGGACCUCUAUGAGAUGUUCAAGACGGAUAAAGGCUUUGAUAAAACCAUGUUUGAGAGGCAGAUGUCUGUAAUGAGGGGACAGGUGUUGAAUCUGACCCAGGCGCUGAAGGACGGGAAGAGCCCCAUCCAUCUGGUGCAGAUGCCCCGGGUGGUGGUGGAGCGCAGCCGCUCAGGCGGUCAUGGACGUGUGGUCACACUUGGCAACGCCUUCACACAAACCUUCCACUGCAAGCGCCCCUUUUUCACCUCUUGGUAGUCGGAGAUGAGUGAGGAGGGCAGCUGUGGAGAGACUUCUGCAGCAGCUCUGUUUUUCUCCUGAAGUCAGGAAGCGAGGGAGAAGACGCGGUCCUUGCACUGGAGGCUGCUCCUGUUUCUUUGCCGAGAGAAGAAAUGACGACGCGGAAGAAGUGAGACGGAGAGUAAGAUGAAGAAACUUUGCUUCGCCCCAUUCCACGUCGUGAAGAGAAGCUCGGGAGCUUGAGAGAUUGGUUUACCGUUGUCUCCUAGAGACCUGGGGUCUGUUUGUGGUUACCAUUGUGACUUGAUAGGAUAAUCUGGGCUUUGUUUAUUGUUAGAAGGCAAAAAGGAUUUUUUUGAACUACCUAAAGUACCUACUGAAGCACCUUGCAAGGUCUCAUAGUGGCGCUAAUGGCCAAAGAAGAAUGUGUCCCGUAUGUUUGGGAAUCUAAAGGUUUCACAGAUCUCUCCAGAAAGUGAUUUAUUUAUUUAUCUUUGAAUCCUGGACAGUGUUGUCCCUCGCCUGGGAUUAAGUCUCAAACUGUUUGUUUUGCCUUGUAGGAGUUCUUAUGAACAGAUAGAUGUGAACUUGCACUGCUGGAGGUGUUUGGUUCUACAGAGCUGGGUCACACUGCUCUUUACCUAGCGGUAGCUCUCAAAACCAUCUGUUGAACAAACACAAACCCAGUGUCUUCACCCCUCACUACUGCCAAAACCUGUUUGUGGAAGGAGUAUUUAACCGCCUCAAGGAAAUUGUUAACAUUGUUGAAACUUGAAUAUGAAAUGUUGGGAUGGAGGACGAUGAUGAACACGUUUGAAUGUAAUCUGUUUACGUCUUCUUUUCAGAUUGUUGCUCCGAAACAUUUCAACAUGAGUGAACGCUGUAACGAUGAAUGUAUUUCUUGUGUGAAAUGUAUUUAAUUGCUGGUCAGCAGCUUUCUCUUGAACGUUGUGGCGCGAGGGUCGGCCCCUCACCUGUGCCCUUUAUAUUACACACGAGGCGGAAAACGCUGUUUCACACCAGUGAUGCCCUUCUGUUUUCUUAUGUAUGCAUCUUGAAAUUUAUAUUCCAACUCGAUGAUUGUAUAAGAAAAGUUGUAUAUUUAACAGAUGAAAAAAUAAAAUUUGGGAAAUUUGAAUCUUGUUUGUUGCCUUCAAACAAUGUUGACAAAGGUUUGUUCAGCGGAGCUCGGAUGACUUGAGUCAGACGGUUUCCUGACGAGACCGCUGUAGGGGUAAGAUAACAGUUGAACAUAAUUAAUAAAACGACAUUUCUUUUUUCUUUUUUUUAAGUCGUUUAUUUUAACAUUUUGAGACAUUUUGAUGUUGUAGAAUCGCUGACAGUUGCAGAAAUAUAAUCUCUUUUAUGUCCAUGUUUCAAUAUGUCAUUCAACAAAUCCGUGUAAAAUAACUGCGCUCAUGUGAAUUUGGAUUAAUG